AUGGUAAGUUUCGAAUAUCGGAUGUGUACGAGAUCAUUGGAAGUUUUCAUUCCAUUUCUCCGCAUUUCAGAAGUAGUGAUAUAUUGUUUGAACAAAAAAUUGGAGUUUAGAUCAAUAGUGUAAUAUCAAACAGUUUUUGAAAUCUACUGUUUUACUGGAGGAACAGCCAAAGUCUUAUUUCUCAUCAAAUGUUCCAGUUCAGAAGAAUGGAAAUCUUUUUUUUUUACUCAAAUUCAGGCUGAAACUUUCAACUUUCGGUUUUCUCCAACAGUGCUAUUAAAAGAGCUAUGUCUCAUCAUCACGAGAAUCUAUACAAAGAAAGAAAGAAUAAUAAGUAACUCGUUAAAAAAAGUUUCGAAAGUUUAAAUUAUAUAGAGAAAUUGAACGAGUUUUUUUAUAAGUUUGUAAAAAAAUAGUUCCUUUCAAGCGACGAAAAUUGUGAUAUAGUCAAAAAAAUUUACCUAUUACAAACAUUAGAAAUAAUCAAUCAAAAAUUAUUCUUUUUCUUGAAAAUACUACAAAUCUUACAAACGUCAAAACUCAAUACUUUGGCUCUGUGAGGGUAUUUGCGCUCCAAGGAGAACAUUUUCUUUGUCCGUGGACUACAUUGUUUCCAUGUUUCUUCAAACUCUUUUUCCUUUUAUUCUAUUUAUUUAAAAGUCAUUCUUUGAGUUUCAGGUGGUCGAAAACCUUUUGCAGUAUGGACCGAAGGACUUCAUGCUCUUGGAAAAUGUGGUCGCACAUUUUGCGCGACCAUACGUCCUGGAUCUGAAAAUUGGGACCAGGUGGACUUUAGUAACUCUUCUAGAAUGUUGAAAAGUGAACGAGCAAUAUCGCUUGUUGAAAUUUUUGGUUUCUAUUUGUUAUUUUGUGACGAACAUCUUGAAUAUAAUUGGGAGUUUUGAGACAACAUGGUGACAACUCCUCGAAGGAAAAAAGAGAGCAGGCAAUCCUGAAAUGCAAGUUGUCGACCUCCGGGAAACUGGGAGCUCGAUUGGUCGGCAUGCAGAUGUACGAUGCUACAAACAAGGUUUUUUUUUGAAUAGACCUCCUCGGGACGUUUUUCUCCGUUUCUCUUCUUUGAUUGGACUAUACCUUUUUUCCUGACUUGAUCUUUUUAGAAAAAAAUGAUGUGUUUUUUUAGGAGUACGUUUACAUCGAGAAACAAGAAGGCCGCACGAUGAGUGCGGAACAGUUCUUCGUCUACUGCGGUGGCUUUGCGAAAGCCUGCGGACCCUUGCGAUCUCUGAAAAUUCGAGACAAGUAGGGGAGAAGCUUUUUUUGUUUUAUAAUUAUCCAAACAGACUGCAAGCUCUCAAGAAUGUUCUGAUGAACUUGGAAGGCUAUCGCUUCUUCUCAGCCUCGAUUUUUGGUGGCUUUUCGACGCUGAAGCCGUCGACUCGGCAGACGAAGACGCCGUUUGCGUCAAACUUAUCGACUUUGCCAACUCGACCCUGCCUGGGUUCUUCAGUGUCAGUUGAAAGAUAUUUUUCAAUUUGACUGAAAGAACACGGCUCAUAGCAUCUUUCAUUCAACACACAAUUUUUUUAAUUUGACCAACAAUUUUUUUCCAAAAUUCGCCGGUUUUUUUACGCAGAAACGGCUGAAAACGGUCACAGAUUUUUUUCAGAGAUUCGCACAUUUUUCUGAACUCUUCCUCAUUUUUUUCUUGGUAGACUAGCACAACAAGAAUAAAAAAAGCUGGUUGGAAGCAAAAAAAAGAUUAUGUAUGAAACUUUCAGGAUAUUGUCCCCGGAGGCGUCGACGAUGGUGGCAUUUGGGGCGUUGAGAAUAUCAUCAAGGCGAUGGAAAUCGAGCCGGAUUCCGCUCCGACUGAGGUCAGUAAUAGUUUUCAAAGAAUUCCUCAAUGAAUCUCACAUCCGCACAUUGAUAAAUCCGUUCAGACUUGAAAGUAAAGGUCUAUAGAAAGAUCUAUUUCAACAACUUCAUUUUAAAGGACUCUAAUAAACAACGCACAGGCGUUAUACAAAUAAUUAUGUUUUUUUAAAUAAUAACUAAAUAAAUAUCUUUCACUUUCAGGAAAAAAAGGUUCGGCGAAAUAAGUCGACUCGCACGAAAGUGUCUUUUUCGGAAGGCCAAUUUCAAGCAUGUAUCCCAUUUUUCCCUAUGUUAUUAAACCUUAAAAAAAGUUCCUUCUAAAAAUUCUGUGAUCUGUCUAUCCCGAAUAAAAAAAUAAUACAUUUCAAAAGGAUGCCUUUACGGUUUCUCACCUACUUUCUUCUACAUGAAAAUGCUAGCCACUUUUAUUUGAAUCCUGAUGAUUGUUGUAUUGUAUCUUUCAUGUGCAAUGUUUUCUUGUAUUUCCUGUGCGAUUGCAAUUCGUAAAGAAUGUUGAUAAAGCUUUAUUGAGAAAAUCUUACGUUUGGCCAUUUUUGAAGAAGAAGCAAACAGUUACCGAAGGAAGGAGAAAAUUGAACGUUUCUCAGAAGUUUUCACCGAGAAAAGUACAUAAAUGAGAUAAAUUGGAAUUAACUUUGUUAAUCAUGCUGGAAAAAAAAUCCAGAAAUGGAAGUCUAUGAAAGGUUGAGCUCGUAGAAUAUACGUAUUGAUAGAAGAGGAAAGAGGGAUUGAAAUAAAUAAAUGCGAGUUGAAUAGAUGUCAUUAAAGAAAAUCUAUUCUCAAAAAAAUUGACACGUCGCAAGGAUAUUGUUAAUACUUCCCAAUUUCCUAAAAAUAUAUAAAAAGAAAAUUAUCCAAAAUGGGACACGCCAAUAGAAAAAAAGCUCACAGGAAAGUUAAUCAGAUUCAAAGUUAAAUAUGAACUUCAUUUUUUAGUUUUGUUAAUUUAAAAAAAAAUAACAUUACAAAAAUUAAAAAUGUCGUUCUGGGAAAUUAUCGAAUAGGAUUUUUCAAAACAAUAUUAAUGGGUAAACAUUUUACAUAUAUCGAGGGCUGGCUUUGUCUGAAACGGAGUUUAUAAAGCGGAGCACGCGAUCGGGAAGUUCAAGAGAGAAAUUAUCAUGGUUCAUUCAAACAUAUAAAACUACACAAAAAAAUAGAAAUUUUUUUAUCAUAAUAAAUCAAAAAUUCAGAGGGGGAAAUGAUUUUUUUAUUGAUAAAAUAUCUUUGAUUCAUUUUUUUGCUAGUUAUCAGUUUUUAAAUCUGUUCGAAAAAAAUAUGAGGAUAAUUUAUGAAGGCAUUUCAAAAAAACAGUAACAAAUAUUUUUAGGCCUAGUGCAACAUACUCUUCAAAAAAGAAGUAUCAAGCCGUGCUCCUAGGUUGAAAAAAAAUCAAGGAACAAAAAUCCGCGAGAAUUAAAACUUCGAAAACUUCCAGUCCCCACAGAAGCGCCGUUUUUUAUGAACAGCUUUUUUUGACUAAGUGAUCAGAAUUCUAUAAUUCUAACUUAUGUACAUUUCUUCAGACUCAAAGCUACACAAUUUUUAGACAAACAAAUCUCAUAGUUAUUUUGAGAGUGCGAAAUGGCUGGCUUGCACAAAAGAACAGGGGGCCCAACGGAAAGUGAAAAAGUGAAAAAGAACGGAAUUUCUGGUAUUGCACAGUUCUGCUCUUGCCAAGGAGAAUGCUUUGCUGGGAGAGCUUGUAACUUCCUGUUUUAGACCAACCAAUUUGAAUCUCAUUUUAAAGGACUUUAAUUAACAACGCACAGGCGUUAUACAAAUAAUUAUGUUUUUUAAAUAAUAACUAAAUAAAUAUCUUUCACUUUCAGGAAAAAGGUUCGGCGAAAUAA